GUGGCCAGCGCUCCAGCAUCUGCUGCGGUGGGAAGCUGCAGUGACCUCAGAUUUCCCCUCGCGCUCUUUUUGCAGAGUUUGAGAUAAACUACUGCGUGGCAGUCCUCCAAAGCGGCCACCAAAGCUCCAAGCACACGCGUUCGCACAGUAAACACCCUCACACCAUUAUCCACGGGAUUACCUUGUUUUCUGUGACACCUGCUACCUUUUUUUGGGUGUGCGCACAGCUUUGACCCUGCCAAUGGGGCUUUGUGUCCGACAGCUGAGAGGCAUUUGAGAAGAAAAUAAAUAACUUCUGGUUGUUUCCAUUGAAAACAUCACGUCUCAAGCUCCACUGUGAAACAUGACCGACGCCAUGUUUGGCAGUGAGAAUGAGCAUUGGGUCUGUCCCAAUGACAGACAACUAGCGCUUAGAGCAAAGUUACAUACAGGCUGGUCCAUCCACACGUUUCAGUCAGAGAGACAGAGGAAAGCUCAGACACUUGAGAAAAGAGAGCUGGAUCUCAUCAUGAGUGUCAUCCACCGCGCUGAACAGCUCGAGAUCAUUGAGGAACACCGGAUUGGGCGUUUAGUGGAGCGUCUGGAGAACAUGAGGAGAUCUGCUGUGGGAAAUGGCCUGUCACAGUGCCUAUUGUGUGGUGAAGUGUUUGGUCUGCUGAGCUCUCCGUCCGUCCUCUGUUUGGAUUGCUGCAUGAAGGUGUGCACUAAAUGUGGAAUCGAGACUGCAGGCAGUCAUAAAAGGGCUCAGUGGCUUUGCAAGAUCUGCAGCGAACGGAGAGAGGGUUCAGGGUCAUCAUGAAAGGAGGAGAUGAAAGAGGAAUCAUUCAGUCUGCCAACCACAGUUCAAAACCACAGACAGACUGUAAUGCAGCCUGGAACAUUUAGUAUGAUCACGUUGAGUAUAUUAAAAAUCAAUAAAUGCAAUAAUCUGAUUUAAGCUUAAAUUAUAGAACCAAAAUUCAAUUGUAUGGUUGUUAUCUUGUCUGAGGCUUUGAAGGAAUGUAGAGCAUUAUGCUAUAUUGCAGUUGCACAAAUAUUGAAUAUUCCAUGAAGGUUUCCCUUUAUGUUAAACUAGUGUUGUCAAAAGACUCGGUACUUCUGUACCAAGUCGGUAUUAAAAAAAUGAAAAUGUGAUGGU